AUGCAUCGUGAAACAGAACCAUCUUUAAUUAGCGACAUCGAAAAGCUGAAUUUAGAACAUGUUGAAAGUAUUAAUGAACCACAAGUUCUUACUUCUGAACAUCAUGAUUUUCUCAUGAAAAGACAUGGAUCCAUUCAGUUGGUUCCACUCCCAUCCAGUGAUCCUGCUGAUCCACUAAACUGGUCAAGUUGGAAGAAAAAUUAUGAAAUUAUUUUAAUUGCGUUUCAAACGUUUACUAGUACAUUUAUGUCUUCUGGGCUUGCACCUGCUUAUGACUCUAUGGCAGAAGAAUAUGGAGUCCUGCCUCAUGAGGCUAGUUAUUUGACUUCCGCCCAAAUUUGCGUGUUGGGAAUUUUUCCCUUAUUUUGGGUUCCAAUAAUGAACACAUAUGGUAGAAGACCAUUUUUGACAUUCUCAGUCUUGGUCUGUUGUGCUUUAAAUAUUGCUGGUGGCUUUUGUACUACCUAUGGACAACAAAUGGCCACUAGAAUUUUAUUAGCCUUAUUCAUUUCAACCGGGGUAUCUGCUGGCAGUUCAGUAGUAGCUGAUUUAUCCUUCAGCCAUGAGAGGGGUAAGAAGAAUGGUUGGUGGUCCCUAGGGCUUAUUAUGGGUACUCCAGGGGGGGGAUUCUUUAUGGGAUUUGUUCAAUAUCACGUUGGAACGAAGUGGAUUUUUUUCACAUUUGCAAUUAUGAAUUUCAUACAAUUUAUUUUAUGGCUACUUGCAGACGAAACGGUAUAUGCAAGAAAUGUUGAAACUACCAAUGCAAGACUUAAUAAACGAGGGCUAAAGAAUUGGUUAGGCUUUUGCAGACAGACAGAUAAAGAACUUAAUUGGAAAAUUUUUAUAAGGCCAUUGAAACAAGCAGCCAGCUUUAAUGUAAGCAUGGCAGUCAUUGCAGCAUCCUUAACAUUCUGUUAUGCAAAUAUACUUCUUGUUGUUGAAAUGCCACAGACUUUUGGUGUUAUGUUUGAUCUUAAUGCUCAACAAUUAAGUUUGCAUUAUAUUGCACUUAUAGUUGGGUCAAUUAUUGGGGAGUUGCUAUCUGGUCACGUCUCUGACUGGUGGAUGCUGAUAUGUUAUAAGGAAAGAGGUGGAAAAAGGGUGAUAGUUGAUAGAUUAUGGGUAUCGUAUUAUGGCUUUUUAGCAGUGAUUGUUGGAUUGGUAGUCUGGGGUGUUUAUUUGAAUAAAGUGGAACAAAAUCAUUGGACCAUUUCACCUUUGAUAGGAGCUGCUGUUAUGGCAGUAGGAAAUGACAUCGUUGCAACUGUUUUGACUGCCUUUGCUCUCGACUCCCAUUCCGAAUACGCAUCUGAUAUCGGUUUAUACUUGAACUUAGUUCGUCAAAUUUACGGUUUCAUUGGACCAUUCUACCUCACAUUAAUGAUUGAGACACUUUCUUAUGCAGGAGCCGCAGGACUAAUGAUUGGAUUAAUGGUAGUAUUUGGUUUUGGUCCGACUGCUUUGGCUCAUUUGAUCGGACUUAGGCAUAUACAUACAAAAGCAUAG